AUGAGGAGACAAUUGUCUAUCGUUUUUGCCGUGAUAGCUGGUCUCACGGCCACUGCGGGUGCCCAUACUGUCUUGACGACAUUGUUUAUCGACGAUGUCAAGCAGGGAGAGGGUACCUGCGUUCGCAUGCCUAUGGACCCAGGAAGCUGCACUUCUCCCGUGGAGAGCAUCGCUAGCAAUGAUAUGGCCUGCGGGGUCGAUGGUCAGACGCCAGUCGCCUUGACUUGCCCUGCUCCGGCUGGUAGCAAGCUCACUUUCCAGUUCCGAGAAUGGGCCAACGCUGUGCUACCCAGUGCCCUUGAUAGCUCACACAAAGGGCCCUGCGCGAUAUACGCAAAGCAAGUCCACGACAUCGCCAACGAUGAGGCCGCCGGGCCAGGCUGGAUCAAGCUAUGGGAUGAAGGCUACGAUGCAGUUACCAAGAAAUGGUGUACCGAGAAGCUUAUCGACAAUAACGGUCUCUUGUCUUUUGAGGUGCCUAAGGGUUUGCCGUCAGGCUACUGGAUCUUCAGGCCCGAAUUGCUCGCCCUCCACGAGGCUAACAAGGGUGAUCCGCAAUUCUACGUCGGAUGUGUGCAGAUUUUCGUCAAAAGCAGCAACACAGCUCCUCUCGAAGUGCCUGGCGACCAAAGAGUGAGUAUUCCAGGGCACGUCCGUGCAAAUGAAGUUGGUCUUACCUUCAAUAUCUACGCUCCUUCUUUCCCAUACCCGCUUCCGGGACCUAAGGCUUUCGCGGUCCCGCUACCAAAGAACGGUCACAUUGAUACCACUGGCCCGUCGGUACCGAAGCAGACGCAGGGCGUCGUCCCUCCCAAUUACAUCGUCAAAAAUGCCAACUGGAUUGGCAUGGAAGUUCCGGAUUAUACGGAUGAGGGUGGUUGCUGGGCAGCCUCGGAGAAUUGCUGGAAACAAGUCGGGACGUGCUACAAUGAAGCGCCUCCCACAGGAGAUGCUGGCUGUGUCGCGCUGGAGAAGAGGUGUUACGAGAUUCAGGAUGCAUGCAAAUCUGGCGAUUUCCAGGGGCCCCCGAAUAAAGGUAAGGUGCUGACAGUGAAGGAAGUCAAACCUCCAGCAAACAUCCCGCCAGCGGUGAAUGUUUAA